CGCACGCUUCCAGCCAACCGCGACCUCGAGCAGUCUUCCUCGCCUCGUAUUUUGCUGUUUCGAGUCCCAACGCUCACGCCCGAUUCGAGCGUGGGACCGUCUAGGGCCCGCGUGCCAGCCGCCAUGGCGACUCGGCCACUCUGCAUGGCAUGUUCUGCAUGUUGCCGUACAGCUCUGGCUGCCGUCCACGAGUCUAUCCAGACUCGACCCGUCUGGCGGGGUCCCAACCGCCGCCAACGCCGGCCGCAUGCUUGGUAUGACACGGCUGCUCUGGGUGAAUGCCGAUUGCUCAUCUCGAUGUGCAGAACGCACACACGCAUCCUGGGAAUCCCGCUGUGGCAUGGGGGUUACCGCACCCCUGGCACUCGUGCAGACAAGACUGCCUGCAGGAACAGAAAGAAUUCGCGUCAAGAGGUUAUUCCGCGUCCUUGGCCACACGGAAUGUCCGCUGUCGUCGUCCGCUGACCUACUUCGUACAACGACUGGCCAUAGCCAAGUACGCCUCGCCAUCGGGAGCGAAGGAUCGCCUCAAGCCCAGGUCAUGUUCCGAUGGCAUGCAGAUGCACAGGUGCACCUGCAUGAGGGCGACUAGCUUGCCACUCGUAGACGAAGCUGAAGAGCCGGCGAGAUUAAUGGUUGGCGGUCCUUCGCUUGAAGGAAUGUGCAGAGGAGAAUAGUGGCUAAUGCUGGCUAAUCAACCGCCGAAUGGACGGAGCACUUGCUGUAAGACAGCCGUCAAGAACGGAGCGGACCCCACAUCCGGUCCCGAGCCCCAAAGGCUGAGGAUGAGGUUUCAGUAUCACAUGAAGAUGUGCGGGAUCACGGGGACAUCACGGGGACGUCACGAGAGCUAGAAUGUGCUGGCC